AUUGCAAAUAUUUUUACAUAAUUAUUUAGUUUAAAUGUUGUUUAAUAUUCGUGUAUAAAAAUAUCGUUAAAAAGUUGAAAGUAAAUAAGUUAAAUUUUGUUGAAUAAAAUUUAAAUGUUGUGCCGGUCGGUGUGUUGCUUUAGUUUGGCCAUUCGUUAGUUUAUAUGGUGUUUGCGUGUGUGAGUGUGUAUGGUUGGUUGUAUUCUUGGUCCCUUGUUAAGGGGAAUUGCGAAAAAGAAAUAAAAAUAAAGAAAAGGUUUAAGAAAAAGCUUUUAAUGAAAAAAAUGAAGCAAAAUAGUUUUAAAUAAGCUUUUAAGUACAACAGAAAAAUAUAAAGAGGAAAUAAAGUUCAUAUCGUUAAAAAAAGCUUUAAGAAAGGAGAAAUAAAAUGUUGUUAGAAUAAAUCACAUAUACAUCUGUACAUAUAUUUGCAUAUACAUAUGUAAAAUGAAAUUGUUUACAACAAGUAAAGUGCUGAAAAGUUGAAUUUUUGCUGCAACAAUUUUAGGAAGAAAAGAUAACCAUCUACUCUAGUAAAGAAAACAACAACCAAAAAAAAAAAAAAACAAAUGUACUAUAAUAAUCUCUGUUAAAAAAAGUGAAAAAAUAAGAAUUUCUUAUUUUUUAACAAUAACACCAUUAAAUGGAAUCAAAUCAAAAAAAUAAGCAAUAUUUUACACCAAAUUCAAUCAACCAAAAAUAACAAAGUUAUUUCAACUAUAAAUAAAUACGAAGUAAAAACAAAAUAAAAAGAUCUUACUAAGCAAAUACUAACAUACAUAUAAGAAGAAAAUUUAAAUAAAAAUUUUAUAAAAAUAUUUAUUUAAACUACUAAAAAAAGAAAAAAACAUAGAAAAAUAUUAGCAAUAAUAAAAAUACCAAAUAUAUUUAAAAAGGAAUCUAAUAAAGAGACAAAAUGUCGUUGACCAUAAAGCUGAUACGUUUCGAAGUGCCCAAGGCCAAAACAAAUUUAAUAGGACGUGUGGAAUUUAGGGGUGUUGCUCAUAUAACGUCGGAGUUGUGUUCAUCUUCAACGCAAAUUGAUGUCAACCAGUCAUUUAUUUGGCCCUUGGCACGUCCCGCCAAUGAUGAGGAGCCUCUAAUUGUCGAACUACGAACACAAACAACAAAAACUUUAAUUAAGACCGGCUUAAGUCAUGCUUCGGGUGGUCUAAUGGGUGGCACAGCCACUGGCACCAUAACCAGCAGCAGCAAAUGUAUUGGGCAAUACAUGAUGUUAAUGCAAGGUAAGUAAAAAAGAAGAUGAGGAAAAAAUUUUGCUGGUUGUUUAA